GUGCAAUAGGAUGCCUGCGACCAUGGUUACCACACGUGUAUCCAUGCAAGUGCCAAAAACGCAAGUGCCAACAGCUAGGAGAAAGGAGCUGUGGCAGAUAAAAGCCACGAAAAUGUCAGGAGAGAUGGGCAAACCACUGAUCAGCCACCGCCUGGUGGACAGCAACAGCAGCCUUGCUGAACCCCCCAGGGAGGCCCCCAAAGUGGGCAUCCUGGGUAGCGGGGACUUUGCUCGUUCCCUGGCCACACGCCUGGUGGGCUCUGGCUUCAACGUCGUGGUGGGGAGCCGCAACCCCAAACGCAUAGCUGGGCUGUUCCCCUCAGCAGCCCAAGUGACUCUCCAGGCAGAGGCCGUGAGCUCCUCAGAGGUCAUCUUUGUGGCUAUGUUCCGGGAGCACUACUCUUCACUACUCAGUCUCAGCGACCAGCUUGCCGGCAAGAUCCUGGUGGAUGUCAGCAACCCCACAGAGGAAGAGCACCUUCAGCAUCGUGAGUCCAAUGCUGAGUACCUGGCCUCCCUCUUCCCCACCUGCACAGUGGUUAAGGCCUUCAAUGUCAUCUCUGCCUGGACCCUGCAGGCUGGCCCAAGGGAUGGGAAUAGGCAGGUGCCCAUCUGCGGCAACCAGCCAGAAGCCAAACGUGCUAUCUCAGAGAUGGCACACGCCAUGGGCUUCAUGCCCAUGGACAUGGGAUCCCUGGUUUUGGCCCGGGAGGUGGAGGCCAUCCCCUUGCGCCUCCUCCCAGGCUGGAAGGUGCCCACCCUCCUGGCCCUGGGGCUGUUCAUCUGCUUCUAUGCCUACAACUUCAUCCGGGACGUGCUGCAGCCCUAUGUACAGGAGGGCAAGAACAAGUUCUACAAGCUGCCGUUGUCCGUGGUCAACACCACGCUGCCAUGCGUGGCCUACGUGCUGCUGUCGCUGGUGUACCUGCCCGGUGUGCUGGCAGCCGCCCUGCAGCUGUGGCGUGGCACCAAGUACCGUCGCUUCCCUGACUGGCUGGACCACUGGUUACAGCACCGCAAGCAGAUCGGGCUGCUCAGCUUCUUCUGUGCCUCCCUGCAUGCGCUCUACAGCUUCUGCGCGCCAGUGGGCCGUGCCCAUCGCUACGAACUGGUCAACCUGGCUGUCAAGCAGGUCUUGGCCAACAAGAGCCGCCUGUGGGUGGAGGAGGAAGUCUGGAGGAUGGAGAUUUACCUCUCUGUGGGAGUGCUGGCCCUUGGCACGCUGUCCCUGCUGGCUGUCACCUCGCUGCCAUCCAUUGCAAACUCACUCAACUGGAGGGAGUUCACCUUCGUUCAGUCCACGCUGGGCUUCGUGGCCUUGGUGCUGAGCACACUGCACACACUCACCUAUGGCUGGACCCGCGCCUUUGAGGAGAGCCGCUAUAAAUUCUUCCUGCCGCCCACCUUCACGCUCACGCUACUGGUGCCCUGCGUCAUCAUUCUGGCCAAAGCCCUGUUCCUCCUGCCCUGCUUAAGACGCAGACUCAACAGGAUCCGGAGGGGCUGGGAGAGGGACGGCGCCGUCAGGUUCACGCUGCCCCUGGGCCACAUGCUGGCCGAGAAAACAAGCUGUGUGUGAGGUGCUGCGGGCUCUAGACACCAGGAGAGAUGGUACCCUGAGCCUGUCAGGUUUUCUUUUCUUGAUGGUGCAAAUGGGCGGUUCGAGGUCCGAAUUCCUGGGAGGCAAAUGUAUACAGUAAUAUUCCGAAUGACACACACGAGUGUGUGAUAUAUAUGUAUAUAUAUUCCGUACGUAUAACAGGAUUUGCAAUUAUAUUUACUUAGCUGAAAAGUUGGGUCCUUGAGAUUUCAGCAUAUAUAUUUAAAAGCAAGUUCCCAAUAUUGGGAGAAGAGCAAAGUGUGCUAUGGUGACAUUUGCAGGGAUGCACACACACUUUUUGUACAGAA